UGGCCGCGCGCGUCUGCGAUCACUGUCGACCGUUGUUCUUGAUGGCUAAGACGCGGUUCCGAGCACCGUGCUGCUGAACGAAUCGAUCGUACACCGUAUAUUACGAUAAUCAAGCCUUGGAUGAAAAAGAAGGGAAAUAAACGACUCGCGACUGGCGAAUUACAUGGUAAUCGUCAAAUCUGAGCGCAAUAGAAAAAUUCCGUCCCCCGAAUCUCAUUGUUAUUUCAACCACCUGCUCGCCGUUAAAAGCUGUCAGAGCAAAUGAAACGAAGAACGUGCUUCGAAGCGAGUAAUUCCGAAGUAAAGGCGCUUUGAAAAUUUCUGUGCUCUCGCGAAUUUGAUCGCGAAAGAAUACGACGUAAGAGCUGUGCAUAGCUGGGCAUGCUACUGGCAAAUGUGGAAAGGACGUGUCUGCUUCUGACGGUGAUCCACGUUUUGCUCGAUGAUAAGGGUGUCGAUGCCGAGACUUUCACUUUGGGGUACAUCACCGGCUCGAAACGACGUUAUAACGAUUACGAUUAUCAGCGUCCCGGUUUUCGGAUUUCUGGCGCUAUCACUCUGGCCGUGGAAGAGGUGAAUGCCGGCGAGCUUGGUAGACGAGGGCACAAUUUGGACUUUCUCAUUGCCGAGACUUAUGGCGAGGAGGAAACCAGCAUCCUGAUGACAGCGGAUUUGUGGAGAAAAAACAUUAGCGCGUACGUUGGACCUCAGGAGACAUGCAUUCAUGAAGGCAGAAUGGCGGCUGCAUUUAACAUUCCUAUGAUAUCAUAUUUUUGCACACAUAAUGAAACAUCGAAUAAGAAGGAAUUUCCGACAUUUGCGAGAACGCGACCACCCGACACGCAGAUCUCAAAAUCCGUUGUUUCAGUGCUUUUGGCAUUCAACUGGACCAAAGUAACUUUUAUGCAUAUGAACGCAACAACGUUCCAGUUCAACAAAAUGUCCACGAUUGCGACAACGAUUCUAGCGUCUUUCGAAGCGGCUGGAAUUACUGUAAAUCAUCGUUGUAUGUGGAGCGAACCUUAUUUUCAUGCGACGCACAUGAAAAAUCCUUUUCACAAACAUGUGCGGGACACGUAUCGAGACACGCGAAUUUACGUUGUACUGGGUCAAUAUGACGAACACAUGGGUCUCUUGAUGGCUCUGGAUGAAAUGAACCUCUUAGAAAAAGGCGAAUAUUGGGUUAUCGGUGUUGACAUCGAGCAAUACGAUGAGAAACAUCCAAACAAGUAUCUCCGCGGGUUGUGGCAAAAGGAGACGGAUCUGUCAAUUGACGUGUACCGCAGUUACUUCAGUAUCGUUGCGUCCGCCCCGACCAAUCUCAUAAAUUUCACCCGACUCGUUAACGAGUACAGACAGAAACCGCCGUUCAAUUUUCCGAAUCCGUUGGCAAACGUCGGAGGAAUAGUUCAGAUCGUGCCGGAGACAGCGUACCUGUACGACGCGGUGCACCUUUACGAAAGAUUGUUGCUGCGUGCUCUCGACGAGAACCGAGACCCCCGAAAUGGUCGAGAGAUGGUGUCGGCGUUACACGGUGUUCAUUAUCAAAGUGCUAUGGGAUACAUGGUAUACAUGGAUGAGAAUGGGGAUGCCGAGGGCAAUUACACGUUGAUUGCAUUGGACCAUCGACCUACGAGAGGCUAUGGACUCUAUCCGAUUGGUUACUUCGUUGGAAAAGAACAAAAAACAAAUUUACCAAAACUUCGAUUAACUAAAGAAAUAUCAUGGAUUGGGAACGGACCACCUGUUGCAGAACCUUAUUGUGGAUAUCACGGUGAAAAAUGUAAUUCUCAUACUGGCGAAAUUAUUGGAGGCAUCGCCGGCGCAUUGCUGUUCAUUAUUGCAGCGGUUGUUCUGAUUCUUUACAGAAAUUGGAAGUAUGAGCAAGAGCUAGACAGUUUAUUAUGGAAAGUUAAUUACAAGGAUAUUCAGAUUAAAGAGCAGAAAGAAACGAUGGGAACCGAUGAAACUGCUAAAUGCAAUUCUAAGUCUUCAACAACGCAACCAAUAGUGCGAACUAGUCAAGUGUCGCUCAGUUCUAAUCCAGACGCAGACUUCCGAUAUUCCACGAUUUACACGCAAAUCGGAGUAUAUAAAGGACGAAUUUUUGCCGUGAAGAAAGUCAGGAAGAAAUCAAUUGAGAUUACGAGAAAAAUGAAGAAAGAACUAAAAAUGAUGCGUGAUUUACGACACGAUAAUUUGAAUUCGUUUAUCGGUGCAUGCACCGAUCCGCCAAAUAUAUGUGUCAUCGUCGAAUAUUGUGCACGUGGUAGUCUCAAGGAUAUAUUGGAGAAUGAAGAUAUUAAACUCGAUAAUAUGUUCAUGGCAUCUCUCGUCGGCGACAUCAUUAGAGGGAUGAUUUAUCUCCACGAAUCAGUCAUAAAAUACCACGGAUCGCUCAGCACAUCAAAUUGCCUCGUUGAUUCACGAUGGGUCGUAAAAUUGGCAGAUUUCGGUCUUCACGAAUUCAAGCGAGAUGCUGAAUGUGAUCCUUCCGAAGUCAUAAAAAAAUACCACGCAUUAUUAUAUAAAGCGCCUGAAUUAUUACGCUCUACUCGUUUCGGAGAGCCAACUGCUCGUGAUUUUCAAAGAGGGGACGUGUAUUCGUUUGCCAUAGUAUUGUAUGAACUUCAAGGACGACACGGACCAUUCGGUAUUACAGAAUUAUCAGCAGCGGAAAUACUGAAGAAAAUAAUUGUAAGAGAAUCUGGAAUAGCACCGUUUAGACCACCGUUGGAUCAACUAGAGAAUAAAUUUGAUUUUGUUCGUGAUUGUUUACUGGAAUGCUGGGCUGAAAGUCCAGAGUUACGUCCAGAUUUCAAAAUGAUAAGAAAUAAACUAAGAUUUUUGCGAAAGGGCAUGAAAGCAAAUAUCUUCGACAACAUGAUGGCGAUGAUGGAAAAGUAUGCAAAUAAUCUCGAAGCACUUGUUGACGAACGGACGGAUCAAUUAACUGAAGAAAAAAAGAAAACAGACGCACUAUUACACGAAAUGUUACCGCGUUACGUGGCUGAACAACUGAAAAAAGGUCAAAGAGGCAAAGUGGAGGCUGAAAGCUUCGAUUGUGUUACCAUUUAUUUUAGCGACAUAGUUGGUUUCACGUCCAUGUCUGCGGAAAGUACGCCGUUGCAAGUGGUUGAUUUUCUAAAUGAUCUCUACACAUGUUUUGAUUCGACAAUUGAAAACUAUGACGUUUACAAAGUCGAGACAAUAGGAGAUGCUUAUAUGGUGGUGAGCGGUCUACCAAUAAGGAACGGUAUUCAACAUGCUGGUGAAAUAGCAAGCAUGUCACUGUGUCUUCUAGACGCUAUUAAACAGUUUACUAUUCGUCACAGGCCGCAUGAUAAACUUCAACUUCGUAUAGGAAUACAUUCCGGUCCAGUAUGCGCUGGAGUCGUUGGACUGAAAAUGCCACGAUAUUGCCUGUUCGGAGAUACAGUAAACACUGCCAGUCGAAUGGAGUCCACUGGAUUACCACUGAAAAUUCACUGCAGCAGUGAGACGAAACAACUGCUGGACCAGCUAAAAGGAUUCAGCCUCGUCGAACGCGGAGUGGUUUCUAUGAAAGGUAAAGGUGAGCGUCUGACGUAUUGGCUUAUCGGAGAAGAUCCGAUAUUACGUAGCAAGCGUAACAAGGAAAGAGCGAGUAAACGAAGCGACGAUAGCAAGAGGACCAGCGUAACAGAUUCUUUAGUUCCUCGAAGUUCUUUGAAGAACAAGCCCCUUGUGAGAUCAACUUUCACGAGGUGUUCUAGUGAAUCCCCGAAGCGUUUACGAUUUGCUAGCUCAGAUCAGCUUGAUCAAAAGGGCUCCAGGAUGAGCCAACUGGAAUCGAUAGUCGACAAUAGCCCAUGCAAAACAAAGGUUUCAUGCCUGUUAAGAUCGUCCUGCAUGGAGAGCUGGAGAUCUUCCAGCAACUCGUGUCCCUGUGUCGAACAGCUCUGCGAUCAGGAGAUUCAACCGCAAUUGAUAGAGCACGAAUUGCCGUUGGACAUCAAGAACGUGCCGUUGCUUCAAACUAAUCUAAUUUUUGGCAACGAGUCGUGUAUUCUGCGACCUGGAACCAAAAGUUUUUGUUUCGGCACACCUGGGAUACUCCAGAUUACAUGCAAAUCGGCACCUAGCAGCCCCAAGCACAGCACAGUGAUGCUGAACGCUCAAAAGAGAGCGGCACAAUCCAACGAAGAAAUUGAUGGGUGGGACGCGAUGACGCCACUGAUCUCUUAUACGGAUGGUCGCUUGAAUUCAAAGAUUUAAUCUUAAGAUCGCGGCUAACAACAUCAAGCGUGGCAGCAAAAUUUAUAAAGAUUAAUUCAUAUUACACAUAUAUAUCUGUAGAGCUAACAAUCAAGAAUCCUGCAAACGAUAUAUAUCGUAUUUUAAUCCAUAAGCUGCCAAUCGUAACUUUGUGUCAGUAUAUUUUUUAACGAGAUUUCUCGCUUACAGUACACGAUGUACCAAAGCGUAUUGUACGUACAAACUUUACAUAUACAGAUAUCAGCGUAUUAUUUAUAGCUAAAACAGAGACAAUGAUAUAUCUAUUCCUUCUCUUUUAACGCAAAACGACAAUAUAUUUCUUACUUUAAUACAGACAAUCGUAAAAGGCUCGUGCUUCUUAAAUAAAUGUCUAGUCAAUGCUACUUUAGAUAUCAUAUUUGUCUCUUAAUACUUUCAUAUAACUGCCAAACAUUAGAAAAGAAGAUUAAUUCUCCUAAUAUUAUAUAAAAAAAUCCAGCCAAUUGUUAAGACUAAGAAGUCAAAAAUAUUAUCAUUAUUUCUAAAUGUUCUUUAGAUAUGACAGAGUUAUAAUUUAUAUUAUAUAGAAUAUAGAUUCGAUAUUGUUUAAUAAAUGCUACAUUUAUUUUCAGGGAGAAAUUUGUUUUUUUGU